UAAGACGCCUCUAGAGCCUGUUUGGGGCGCCGAAUUUCUUGAUUCUCUCCUUUGCGGUCUUGAACAGAGGAGGCGGAGGAGGAAGAGGAGGAGGGGGCCUGAGGCAGAGUGGGGUCACAGGACACCGCGCCCCCCCGUGGCACUGACCCCCGCCCACCCUCCGAAGGCCCGCGCGGACCUGGGAGAGCCAACAGCCGCGCCGGGCCGCAGGGCGAGCCCGCUGGGGACGGCCUGGGCCGCGGCGUCGCGUCCCAGAGCAGCCUGGGAUCUCCAAAGGCAGCGUCCGUGCGCAGCGCGCUCCUCGGGGACCAGCUGGGCCGCGGCGCCAGUUCCCAGGCCAGGGCCAUGGCGCUCUUCGGGGGCCCGCAGGCCGCGGGCGACGAGGUCCCGCCGGACCUGGUCGCGCCACCGGUGGCCCAGGAACUGCUGGCAAGCCUGGGCACCCUGCAGCCUCACCAGCUGCAGAAGGUCUGGGAAGUCGCGGAGCUGCUGGCGGGCUUCUUCAGGGAUGCCGACCUGGACGGGGACGGCCUCGCGAGCGAGGAGGACUUGAGCCGCGUGGUGAUGCCGAACAGGGGCCCCUUGACACGUGGCGACCUUGACGCCGCCGUGCUGGAGCGCCUCGGGGACAUCGGGAACCCAAGGCACCUCCGCGCGCGAGCUCGCGGGCUGGACUACGCCCAGUUCGCAGACUGCUUCGUACACGCGGCCACGCAGGUCGACCAGGACGCCCUGAGCCGCGGCUUCAACCCGUUCCCCGACCGGCCCAUCCCCAAGGCCGCGCUGCACGCCCGCCGGGGCGCCGUUGCGGUCCACGUCAGCAGAGCAAUAUCUUCUGCCACGUCGCCUCCGUUGGCUGCGCGUGGUUCCUUGCGCCCGUCCGCGCCGGGCACCCAGACAGGGUCGGUCGCGCUGCCGGAGGAGCCGCCCGAUCUGCUUCGUUCCGAGCCGGGCACGAGAGGGCCUAUCCUCCCUCUCGGCAAGCUGUUCGCGGACCUCGGAAGGCGAGUCGCGGCGGGCGGAAGCGCAGCGAGCUCUCCGAUUCCCUCGAAGGGCCAUUCUCCGAGGCAGCCCUCGCCCAGAGCGGCUUCGUCAGCGGCCUCCUCCCCCAGGGCUGCAUCUUCGACAAAGUCCAGGUCCCCCUCGUCGAGCUCCCCAUUCUUCGGCCUGAGGGGGUCUCCCCCCGCCGCGUCCUGGAGGCCCCCAAAAGGCGGCUCGGGGAUGCCGCCGGCGCGGGAGGAGGUCUCAUUCCGGCUCGCGGACGUCUUCGAGGCCUCCGUCUAGGCGGCCGUUCGGCGGUUGCAUGCGCCUCGCCAGAGACCAGGAGCGGGCUCGGGAAUAAACCCGCAGAAGGCCGAGUUAUUCAUUACCGGAGACACGCGGUCUCUGCGCAGGUCUCUGCGCAGCCCCCUGCCCCUCUGCCAAAAAGGGCACUGGGGCGGCGCUACGCGCGGGCGCGCGCGCAGGGGCACUCUCUCGCGGUCUCGCGUGGUGCCCCUGCACGGAAAGCGG